AUUUUAUUUCUGGAAAAAGUCCGACAAUUCUAUUCGAAAACAAAUCUUUGUCUUGGUACGACGUAUUAAAAUAAACACAAAACUCCACAACAGCCGAGGGGGAAGGCUGUCAUCGACACACAAACAGCUUUCCCUCAAAUAAAAAUCUCCCUUCCACCACACUCCUCCACCGGCGACCACCACCACCACCACCUACUGUCACAUCCUCACUUCACAAAAUCCCCAAAAAUUGGGGCUAAAGGUUGAUUACAUGGGAGCGUCGUUGUCUAAUUUGACAGAAGGAGGGUCGACAGCCGGCAACGGAACCGGACUCGGCGAUAUACCGGAGAGCUGCAUCGCCGGUGUUUUUACCUAUCUUACCCCGCCGGAGAUAUGUAACCUAGCACGACUCAACCGUUCGUUCCGUGGCGCUGCUUCGUCGGACACCGUUUGGGAAUCAAAGCUUCCACCUAACUACCAAGAUCUGCUCGACCUAAUUCCACCUGAGAGGUACCAAAAUCUCUGUAAAAAGGACAUCUUUUCUCUCCUCUCUCGCCCUGUUCCCUUCGACGAUGGCAACAAGGAAGUAUGGUUGGAUAAGGUUACUGGAAGAGUAUGCGUGUCAAUCUCCGCAAAGGCAAUGGCAAUUACAGGGAUAGAAGAUCGAAGAUACUGGAAUUGGGUGCAUACUGAAGAAUCAAGGUUUAACAUUGCAGCAUAUUUGCAUCAAAUAUGGUGGUUUGAAGUAGAUGGGGUGUUGAAAUUCCCAUUUCCAGCUGAUGUAUACACGUUAUCAUUUAGGAUACAUUUAGGAAGAUUUUCAAAACGAUUGGGGAGACGUGUAUGCAGCUUUGAUCAAACUCAUGGGUGGGACAUAAAGCCUGUAAGAUUUGAAUUAUCAACUUCAGAUGCUCAAGAAUCAUCAUCUACUGAAUCUUUUUUAGAUGAUUGUGAUAAAUAUGAUGAGACAAAUGGAAAUCAUAAACGUGGUUGUUGGAUUGAGUAUAAAGUAGGGGAGUUCAUUGUAACUUCAUCUGAUCCUGCUACUGAAGUAAGGUUUUCAAUGAAGCAGAUAGAUUGCACACAUUCUAAAGGUGGGAUUUAUGUAGAUAAUGUGUCUAUAAUCCCCAGUGAUCUUAAAUUGGGUAGAAGAAGAAGAAGGAUGUUGAAAUAAAAUGGGGGAAAUCUUGAUUGCUUUUGUGGAGAUAGUCAAGUGUCCAUGUAUAAUUGUUACCACUAUGUUUAUGAUCCAAUUUUGAUUGGCCUUCUGUUGAUGCUAAUGUGAUUUAGUGGGAUGUUGCAUUUGGUUUCUUUGUGUUGUAUGAUUACAAAAUUAUUAAGUAGAAACUUGUUUUUUGUAA